AGGAAAGACCAUCAUGGCUAGCUUUAUUGAAUUAAAACACGCUUACAUCGUCCCCGAGUUCCCUUAUCAAGAAAUCAGGAGGCUCAUCCAACCAACUAAAAUAGGACUUAUUAUGAUAACUAUGAUUAGCUAGCACAUGCGCUGCAUCAUUACAUGAUCAUAAGCAAUGCUUAAAGAUGACUAAGGUUGCAGCUUCAUCCCUAGGACAUGUUUGAUAGCAUGCACACCUCUCGUACAGGCUCUGUUUGCUUACCUACGGAUUCCCUGGGCCUACAUGGCAUGAAACCCUACAUGGCAUGAAACUCAAAGCACCCCUUAGAUAAGUUCUUGUGGAACACCUGAAUCGGUUGUUUCCUCAGAUGCAGUCUCGUUGCAGUGCAAUUUACACCAAAGGGGAGAGCCGGACGUGUCCCAAAGCUUGCAUUACCUUAAACAAGCUACACUGCGUCAGGCUAGAAACGCUAAUGGCAGUUGAACCUGGUUGGCGGGUCGUAUAAAAAACAUUACGCGUGUACUAUUUGUUCAAGGCUUAGGAUUCUUUACCAAAGAUGAACAUGUAUGUUCUGGACAAAAAUAAUAAUUUCAAUUCAAGGAAAGACAAUUUCAAGAUUAUACUUGUUUUGAUACAUGAAAAUACGCAUGCACAUUUGAAACUCGAAUGAGCGUCUUUUUCUUAAUUUAUGACGUGGCCAAGAGAAUAGCUUCUUUUUUUACCGGAGAUCACAUGCUUCUAUGUGUACAAAGCAAAAUACACUAGCAAUGAGAGAAUUGUUAUGCAAUCUUAUCUUUAUAGUAUCGUUUUCUAAAAUAAAGAAGGUAAUACCAUGCACUAGUAUCGUAUACUCUUACCAAUUUGUCUUUUUGGGCGGACACUUGCUGUCUUUACAUGUGCAUGGGUCUUUAAAACUAGUUGUUUCCCUGGGGAAGGGAAGCAGUCCGUGCCUCAUCUUACCUCUCUGAUUGCUCUCUCUCUCUCUCUCUCUCUCUCUCUCUCUCUCUCUCUCUCUCUCUCUCUCUCUCUCUCUCUCUCUCUCUCUGCUCUUAGACCAGCGAUGAAAAGAUAGCGGUGCAUACCAGCUUCUGACUGCAAUUUCUAACUAUUUGGGAUCAGAUUCAGAAGAUGUUACAGUUGAAGAAAAGAUAGAUCAAGUAAUCGAUUAGCAUUUUGGAGAGGGGACUUGGAUAAUUCUGGGAGUGGAUUUUACAUCCAAAGUAAUAGAAGAGCUGGACGUCAAUGUUCUAGGAAGAAACAAUGAAAAGAAAAGGUGGACCACAUAGCAAGGAAUGUGAGAAACCUGCCAAGAUGGUUAAGAACAAUCAAAUAUGCAAUCCAACAAGACAGUCAACAAAAACGGCAAGAUUAGAAAGGAGAAUCAAACUUCAAGCAAAGAAAAUGAGACAGCUUUCGAUCAUAAAUGGAGAAGUGCCAGACCGUGCAACUAUACUAGAAGAACAACUUUUAAUCCAUGUGAAGGACAAAGCUAAAGAGGCAAGGCUGUAUCGGAAAAGAAAAAUGCAAAGCAAGAGGGUUGCAGAAACAACGACAGAAAAUGAAGCAAUGAUUGGCCAGGCUGGUAAGACUACAAGGACUAAAAGUAACAAAAGGUGUACUACAUCAAAGUCAAGGAGAAAGAAAAAAACACCAGAUAUGACAUCGGAAAGGACUGAUAUGGAAAUUUGGAACUUCGGAGAACCAAGCUGCAAGUGUGAACGAUGUGGUGCAAUUUUCUGGUACGAAGAAAGAACUUCAGGUAGAGCGAGAAGGAUGCCAUCUUUCGGACUAUGUUGCCAACAGGGCAAGGUCGAUUUGCCACCAUUCAGAGAGCCGCCGGCUUACCUUACGAAAUUGCUAAGGAAAGACAACGGAAAGAGGUCAAAAAACUACAUGCAAAAUAUCAGAUUGUACAACUCCAUGUUCGCUUUCACAACAAUGGGAGGAAAGGUAGACACAGAAAUAAAUAAUGGCGGUGGUCCUUAUGUUUUUAGAAUGAAUGGGCAAAACUACCACAGAAUAGGUACUCUACUACCUGAAGGUGAAGAUAAACCACGCUGGGCACAGUUGUAUAUCUAUGACACCGAAAAUGAGGUAAAAAACAGGAUUAAUGCGUCAACAUCAGAAGAUAAAAGGGAGUCGAUAGAUCCUCACAUCGUCGAGGGCCUUAAAAAUAUGCUGGAUAGAAAUAAUAUACUUGCAAAAACAUUCAGAAUGGCAAGGGACAGAUUCGAAGAAGGUGACUAUCACAACGUGAGAUUAAAACUAAUCAAUAAGCGACGCACAGAUGUAAGACGGAAUGACAUGCCAUCUGCAACUGAAGUUGUAGCAUUGAUUGUGAAUGAUACGGCAGAAAAUAGAAAAGGACGGGAUAUCAUUGUUCAGUACAGAGACACAAGGCCGAGAAGAAUAUCAGAGAAGCAUCGAAAAUUCAUGGCUAUGCAGUAUCCACUAUUGUUCCCCUAUGGAGAAGAUGGGUACAGAGAAAAUAUACCCUACAUAUUAAAAGAAGGUGCAAAAUGCAAGAGAAAGCAUGUAACAAUGCUGGAAUACUAUGCGUAUCGUAUACAACAACGUACUAACCAAUCAAUGCACUUGCUGAUGUGUGAAAAGCUUACAUUGCAGUUCAUUGUGGAUGCCCUUGCAUGCAUUUUGCAGUAUAGGCUAGACUGGAUCAAAACACAUCAAGGAAACCUAAGAACGGAAUUAUAUGCUGGCUUGCAGGACACAAUAGAUAGAGGAGAUACAAGGGCUGACCAAGUAGGAAAGAGGAUACUACUGCCAUCCACCUUCACAGAUAGCCCUAGAUACAAGGCACAAAACUUCCAAGAUGCUAUGGCAAUAUGUCGGUGGGCUGGAUACCCAGACCUAUUUGUGACAUUCACGUGCAACACAGCUUGGCCGGAGAUUCAAGCUAUGCUACAGGAAGUAGGCCAAACAGCAUAUGAAAGACCUGAUAUUGUUGAUCGAGUGUUCCACAUAAAGCUCAAGGAGUUCAUGAGAGACAUAAGAGAAAGGGGAUACUUUGGAAAAACACUUGCAAUUAUAUACACAAUAGAGUUCCAAAAAAGGGGCCUCCCACAUGCCCACAUAGUCAUAUUCCUCGACAAAAAGGAAAAGAAACACAAGUAUCCUGAACCACCAGAGGUUGACAGGGUAACUUGUGCAGAGAUCCCAGACAAGGACAUUGAUCCAGAAGGAUAUGCAGCUGUUGAAAACUACAUGAUACAUGGGCCAUGUGGUGCAGCCAACACAAAGUCACCAUGCAUGGUCGAUAACAGAUGUAUGAGAUGUUAGACCUUUGAA